AUACCUGAUGAUGUCGGUAUAUAAAGACCUCAGUUGUUUUAAAGAGAAUCAUUUCAUGUUUUACCUGCAAACUUAACUAAUUCAAUAACAAUGAUCUCGCACAAAAGUGAUAGGGCCGUAACAUGUACCAUAGUUGGAGAUGGAAUGGUUGGGAAAUCUCAGAUCUGUAAGACAUUUAUUGGAGACCUGACUAUAGAAGAUUAUGAAGCUACAGUAACUAAUGAGUAUUCCGUACAUACACAGUUUAUGGGGGACAAGUAUACUCUCAGGAUUAUAGACUCUUCUGGACAGCAUGAUUACAAAGAUAUAAGAACAGUAUCCUAUAAAGAAUCAGAAGUAUUUAUAUUAUGUUAUAAUCUAAGUGACAGAGACUCAUUUGAAAGUAUCGAGACAUUCUGGAUUCCAGAAAUAAGAAAACUUUGCAAAAAGACACCAGUUAUCUUAGUAGCUACUGGCAAAGACCUUCAUGAUUUUAAUGAGAAUAAUAUUGUGUCAAAGGAAGAACAUUUAAGUGUAAUGAAUAAAUAUGGAAUUGAUGCUUACGUUGAGUGUUCAUCUUUUAACAAGGACGAAGUAAAUGAAGUCUUUGAAGAUGUCUUGUUGUCUGUCAUCAAAUCCAAGAAAAAGAGGCUUCCAAAUAUUUUCCACCAUUUACUGGCUAGGUGAAGACGUUGAAACAUCACUUCGUGGUAAAUAAUACAAAUGGAUGCCUUCCAUCUAAUACAUAUCGAGGUACCGGAUUGUCUGAGAAAGAGGUCAUUCAUUCAGGUGUAAUGACAAUACGGAGCUUGAUUUGCUGAUCAUGACGAAUUUGAUCGACUUGUUCAGUAAGAAAUUAUGAACGCACACGGCAGUAUUGAUAACACAAGUUCUCAAGUCGAAGAAUAGCUCUGUCGUUCACAGUUUUUGUAGUGGUGUCAAAACUUUAAUCAACGAACUAAGGGUGAAAUAUUGAACUUCAAUGAUUAUUUCACAAACGUACGCCGUUCCGUCGGUAAAAUCACAUGAGACAGUUGUAAAAAUAAAUGCAAAAAAAAGUAUAUAUAUAUAAAACAUUUGUGUUUUAAUGAAUUUUUAUGAUAUGCGUUUUCAUUUCAAUCUGUUCAUCUAAUCACUAAAAUAGAUUAAAAAAUAGUAUGGUG